GUUUAUCCGGGACAUUGCGAAGACCUAUAGGAUUCCCCUGGUUCUUCACCGUGAGGGCAGAACGGUAGUCGGGCAGCUCAAGUUUCAGAUGAGGGGCCUCCUCUUGUUCUUGAAUGGGGCCGAGUUACGUGGAGGAGGUGCAGCAGGAGGAGGAGGAGGGAAGCAGGAGCCUACAGGAGUCGCAGACCUCUCUUUCUUUUGUGCUCUCGUUCGGGACCCCAACACAUGGGGUCAACGCGGGCUGAAUGGCUUCAUAGUGAAAGCUGCCUCCGACGCAGACGCAGACGGUCGGCGUGAGAGAGCGAGCGCGCGCGCUAAUUAGAAAAACCUGGUGAAGCAAUUAAGCGCAAGGAGAGAAGCUGCGCACCGAUUGUAGUGCAGAAGGUCAGGCUCGGGCAAGUCACUAACCAUUUUUCAUCGUCAGGUGCCAGGGUUGGAAAAGAAGGAUUUCGCAGAGGACUGGAUGAUGAACAAUGCGCCUGAGUGUCAAACACUAAUCUGAGGAGACAAGCCUACAGAUGCCUAGCUAACUUAGGGCUCCGAUCACCUUGGCACCAUGAGUUGGAGCUUUCUAACCCGUCUGCUGGAUGAGAUAUCCAACCACUCCACCUUCGUGGGCAAGGUCUGGCUGACUGUGCUCAUCAUCUUCCGCAUUGUGCUGACGGCCGUUGGCGGCGAAACCAUCUACUAUGAUGAACAGAGUAAAUUUGUCUGCAACACACAGCAGCCUGGUUGUGAGAACGUGUGCUAUGAUGCAUUUGCGCCGCUCUCACAUGUCAGAUUCUGGAUCUUCCAGGUGAUCAUGAUCACCACCCCAACCAUAAUGUACCUUGGAUUUGCCAUGCACAAGAUCGCCCGCAUGGAAGAGACGGACUUUCGGCCGGGCCCAAAGCGGAAGAAGAGGAUGCCAAUCAUCAAGCGUGGGGCUGCGAGGGACUAUGAAGAGGUAGAGGACAACGGAGAAGAAGACCCAAUGAUUGCUGAAGAGAUUGAACCAGAAAAGACAGACAAAGCAGAACAAAGCUCAGAGAAAAAACAUGAUGGUCGCCGGCGGAUCUUGCGUGACGGCCUGAUGAAAGUCUAUGUGUGCCAACUGCUGUGGCGCUCUGCCUUUGAGGUGGCCUUCCUUUUCGGGCAGUAUAUUAUGUACGGCUUCGAGGUAAUACCCUCCUACGUCUGCACUCGUUCUCCGUGCCCGCACACGGUGGACUGCUUUGUUUCCCGUCCCACAGAGAAGACUAUCUUCCUGCUGGUGAUGUACGUCGUGUCCUUUCUCUGCCUUCUCCUCACCAUCCUGGAAAUCAUCCAUUUGGGUAUCGGCAGCAUCCGUGACACUUUCCGUAGGCGGGCCACCCUCAACACACGCACCUCCCGUCCACCGGCCUCACGCUCCAUGCCUACAGCUCCACCAGGAUACCACGCCACCAUGAAAAAGGAGAAAAUGAAAGAGCUGAGGGACUUGCCAAUGGGUGAUUCCGGGCGAGAGAGUAUUGGGGAUGAGGGCCCCUCGUCCAGGGAGCUGGAGCGGUUGAGAAGACACCUGAGGUUGGCCCAGCAGCACCUGGACCUUGCCUACCAGGUGGAUGAAGGAAGUCCUUCACGCAGCAGCAGCCCAGAGGUGAACACAGCGGCACAGACUGCUGCAGAGCAGAACCGUCUCAAUUUUGCCCAGGAGAAGCAAGGAGAGGCGAGCGAGAAAGGUAAAGAAGACGCUCGGGCCUCCAUUCGACACACUGAAUUUGACACAGAUGAACCAGGAGGGAUACAUGCCUGAGCGUGCUUCCUGCCUCAAACGUCUGUCCUUUCAUUCCUACUGGCCUUAAACACAUGGGGGAAGCACAUAUGGGAAUGCAGUCAGACCACUGAGGGAGACCAAAGUGUGUGUAAUGUGUGUGCGUGUGUUUGUGUGUGGGGAUGAGAGAAAUGUGCCUUUCAGUAUUAGAGGUCAGUUGAAAACAAAGAAAUGCUGACCGAGCUGUGUUGCGACAAAUGGUUAAUUUCCACGACUCUAAACUUGAAAGCUUGCCGACCUACAUCCAAACUUUGACUGUGCCUUUGGCUAGACCUCGUCUACCCCAUGUUCCUUCGUCAUCUGUUUUUUGUUGCAUUGCAAUAACCUGUCCAUUUAAGACCACGCAAGGAUUAUUGUAAGCUUCAGCUGAGUGUAUUUUUUUUUCUUUCUCUUUUUGUUUGGUUCACAAGAGGGGUUGGUUGUUUUUUGUUUUUUUUGUUUUUUUUGGUUUUUGUUUCUGAAUGUUGAUGUCUCACUUGGUUGAAGCUUAUUGGCCUCAAAUCUUAAACAUGACCUUGUGUUAUGUAAUGUUUUUGAGUAUGUGGAGAAGCUUGGUAAGUGGCGCUUAACCUGUACUGGAUGAGUCAUCUUUAAUUUAAAUGUUGGGAAUUAUUGGUGUAUUAGCCAGAAGUCAUUCCACUUCAGAAAUGUUUGACAGAUAUAUUUUUUUCCAUUUCUUUUCAAAGUCUAUUUACCCAAAUCAGCCAGAAAUAUUUACCUGGGAAAUGCUUGAAUUCUUAAUCAACAGGAACCGUUCCACACAUUUCCAACAAUCAUCUUUGUACAAUCAUUUUAUUUUACCGGCCUUUAAGUUUUUUUUUGUUUGUUUUGUUUUUUUGACCAAACGCUGUAGGCUAGUGACAUUUCUGUAGAAGGAAGUGUUGUCAUGCAAAUACCACCUCAGCAUUUCAAUGUUAAUCCUUUCCUAAAUUAUGUUCUAAAACAAAUAUUUAGUGUUCAUUGGGGCAGAAAGUUGGAAAAUAAAUUCACUUUUUGUGGUUUUUCAUGCUAACUGGCUAGAAACAUCUGUCUUCUGGGGCACUGUCAAACAUGUAAUUCCACCCUUGUCUUUAGAAAUUUACAUUCUUCUUUAGUGAGACAUAUUUUCCGUCCUUGACAUGCAACCUCUUUCUCCUUCGUGCUGAAACACGGAUGCCUUUGUGCAUCCCGGGAAAGGAGGAGGAAGAAAAGCCAAGCUGAGGAAAGGAUGACAGUUUGCUGACGCACAGCCUGGUGCCAUGUAAACAUGUAAUCUUCAACUCACCGUGAGAUUCAUUCCUUCCUUUUUUUUUUUUUUUUUUUUUUUUUUUUUUUCUUUUUUCUUUUGUGUGUUCAGUAGCUUUCAGUAUUCAUACAGUUGAAACGUUUUCAUAGUCGGUUUUAUAUCCUGGAAAACAAAGUGCAGAUCGCCAAAGAGCUGUUGCUGUAUUCUUAUAAUCAUCUCACUUCCAGUUUUGCUACUUAUUACGAGGUACGACAUUCAAGUUUGAGUAUAGUACUUUUUUUUUUUUUCUAUUGCAAGUUUUGUAGUUAUUGUAACUGUAGAGAUUAUUUUGUCUUCAGAGUAAAUAAAUAUAUUUGAAAUGGUUUA